GAAGAGGAGAGAAGAAAGUGGGAGGUCUGAGGGGUGCGUGGGGGCCAAAAAGAAGCUGUUGCGGUGCACUGAGUCUCAGUCAGUGCUGGUAAUGGACACAACUCCACGCCGAUAGCUGUGAGAAGGGAGUCGACAGAGUGAGGAGUCGUCACGGGACACAGGAUGGUGAGGUGCUGGAAGCGUUCAGAGGAGUGUCUGGAGGAAGAACACUGCACGGUGAGCACCAUCUGCUCUGACGAUACAUUUAAACACCACUGGUUCAUGUAUGUGGAACCAUCUCCUCAGGACGGGGCUCCUGUCUGGUCCCAAUGUCCACACAAGGUGUUCUGGAUCGGCCUCUCAGCCCUGCUGCUCCUGCUCGCUGUUGCCCUCCUCGGGUCGAUGGGGCACCUCUGGAUGUCCGGGCCCAGGUCUCAGUCCUCGCAUAUAGUGAGAAUCUCUGCACCUGAUCAGAAUGGUGUCCUGUUCAACCAGUCAGCCGUCGUGGACCAGUUGAAUGAGCUGGUGACAUUUUCAGUGACUGCACCAGUAAACCAGACAUCCACUGUUCUUUUUGAUGUCAAACAGGGUCUGAUUUGCUACAAACCUGUCGACCGGGACGUCUGCUUCCUCCAAACGAUGGAGCGGUCCGACUUCGACAACGUGAACCCCCUCCUCAACCAAUCCACACUAGAGCAGAGGCGGUUUCAGAUUCCCAGUAAUGAGACUCAGAGGCAGACGGAGUUUCUGGGAGUGCUGGCAGCCAGUCGGGUGAACGUGUCCUCGCUGGAGGAACCAGUUCAGGUUCUGUGUCGGGACAGGUCCAUCCACUGGACCCGAAGGGCUGAUGGUCCAGGCAAACAGAGGCUGGUCUACUUCUGCAUCGACAUCUGCUUCCCCAGCAACAUCUGUGUAUCCGUGUGCUUCUACUAUCUGCCUGAGUGACUGUGUCCUUACAGCACGAAGAUCAGCUGUUUCUGCUUCAUCCGAGUGUUCCCCUUGAGCCUGACCCCUCCUGCUUCUGUCUGAAGAAAAGAAAACACAAAUGUGUGUUUCUAA